AUGGACAGGUGUGCCAGAGCUGUGUUCAUAGUGUUUGGGAUGAUUUUGAUGGGUAUAGUUCCAGGGAUUCGAAUGAGUAUCAACCUAAAGAAUCAGUUGGAAUUGGAUGCAACGCCUGUGAAUUCAAAUUACCCUGUCUCCGGCACAACAGACGGAAUUUACGGCCCUUUUGCUUCCAGUAUUUGUAUGGCCUCCAUAGAGGCAAACAUGGUCUGGUGGCGAGGGACUUUACCUUCUAAGGCAAGAAUACAGAACAUCGACAUCGUGUUUAGAAUUGCAGAUCGUGCCGAUGGCUUUGCCUUGUGGAUAUCAAACGAUAGAAGUAUACCGUCCGGUAACAAAUGUUACGAGGAUAUGGACGCCGGCGUCCCAAACCUAACUCAAAACAUUACCUCGUGUAACAGAACCGGUCAGAGAGUGAUGAUAAUCAUCACAAGGACACCACCACGAACAGAGUAUAUGGACGUGUGUGAGGUGGAUAUUUACGGUUGUUUUACACAUACAUAUGGUGACCAGUGUCAAUAUAAUUGUACCAACUGUAAACACGGCUGUAACCCUGACAGCGGAGUUUGUGAUUCAACACACUGUAAUGCGGGCUGGACUGGACCACGGUAUUGUAACCAAACUUGUUCAUCACUUACAUUUGGAGAGAACUGUGUUCAGGAAUGUCAUUGUAAGACGCCCGGAUGUAACGGAGAGACCGGACACUGUAACACACCAGGAUGCCAGGCUGGUUACCAUGGAACCAGUUGCAGUCAAGGUUGCUCGAUCACAACGUUUGGAGAAAACUGCUCAUCCAUGUGUCACUGUGAAACUCCUCGUUGUGAUUCCGGUACAGGUCAAUGUAUCGUUACCGGGUGUGCAGCUGGCUGGAAGGGGGAGUCGUGUGACACACAAUGUUCAGCAAACACUUUUGGCAAAGACUGUCUCCUAACAUGUCAUUGUAAGAUACCCGGAUGUAACCGUGUCACUGGAAUCUGUUUCUCAUCUGAUGGUUGUAGCGACGAAUACAUUGGUAGCUCGUGCAGUAAAACCGCUUUCCACGAACUUUAGUAACAACAUGGCUAAGAGGAUCGAUGAAGAUUAUGGGUAAGAUUGAUAGUUACCGUCACGAUAUCAUUGGGGAAUAUACUAUUCCUUUAUGACAUAUGAAGGUCGAUGCUAUUUAUUAUGUUCAGUAAGGUGCCUUUUUGUUUCGCCGUCACGGUCCCGGUUAUCGCUAU